AGUAAACAUAUAGUAGUUGUAGUAAUAAAACACGUGUUUGUGUUGUCAAUCAAAUUGAAUCAAUCAAUGUAUGAAUAUUAGCCGUAAUUUUAACAAUUAAUUUAGUUUAACCAUUAAGUUAGUGGUCAUCACCGAUAACCAACUAACCAACCGAUCGGUGGCCGCAAACACACCGCAAACUAAUGGGUCGCCGAAGGAAAAAGUCUCGUAAAUCUCGCGGCGGAUCAUCGGCUGACGGGUCGGCUGUGGCCGCAGCCGGCAGUGAAGAACCAGAAUCGCUAACCAAAGCACCGCACAGUUUUGUCAUCAAACGCGGACGUAUUGGUAAAUCGGUAAAUGAAUUGAUGGUCAACUUUCGCCAGGUUAUGGAACCGUUUACGGCUGCAUCCUUACGGGUCAAACGAUACAAUGUGGUCAAAGAUUUUGUACACAUAGCCUCCACAUUGAAUGUCACACAUUUGGCCGUAUUUACAAAAACCACGAAAUCAUCGUAUAUGCGAUUAUGUCGUCUACCCAGAGGUCCGACUCUGACCUUCAAGAUAGUCAACUAUACCCUAACGAAGGACGUACGGACAUCCCUGAAGCGGCCGCUGGUCUAUUCGGGUCUGUUUCAGUUGUCGCCGUUGUUGAUAUUGAACGGUUUCGGCGGCUCCGGUGGUGGUGAUGGACCCGAUGGCCAGGAGUUGCAGAUGAAAUUGAUGACAUCGAUGUGGAGGAAUAUGUUUCCGGCGUUGGACGUCAACAAAGUUAACUUGAAUACAAUACGUCGGUGUAUUUUGUUGAACUACGAUCGGGACACUCGACUGAUUGAAUUCAGACACUACGCUAUCAAAUUGAAACCCGUCGGACUGUCCCGAACGGUACGUAAGUUGGUUGCGGGUAAGAAAGUACCCGAUUUGGGUCAGUUCAACGAUAUGACUGAUGUUGUCGGCAGCGCCGGUGAUAACAAUGCUUUUACCGAAUCGGAGGGCGAGGCCGAUGAAGUCGAACAGAAUCGGCAUAUAAUGUUGACACAGAGGAUCAGUUCCCGUGGAAAUAUGGUCAACGAAAAGAGUGCUAUCAGAUUGACUGAAUUGGGUCCGCGGCUGACACUGGAACUGAUGAAAAUAGAAGAAGGAAUAAUGGCCGGCGAAGUACUGUUUCAUUCGCUAAUACAGCGGACAAAAGCCGAGAUCAAAGAACUGAAACACAGGCGACAACAGCUACAGGACUUGAAGCUGUCGCGUAAACGACAACAAGAGUUGAAUGUCAAGAGAAAAUUGAUGGCCAAAAAUAAAGACAAUAAAUCUAUUAAUGAAAGUAAUGAUAAUGAAGAAGACGGCGACGGCAAUGAUGAUGAAGACAUUGAUGAAGACAUUGAUGAAGAUAUGGAUGUCUUAGAGUAAGCAAUGGAUGAAUGAAUGAAUAAAUGACAUCGAUAUAUGAUAUCUAUUUAUAUCCCGUAUAUAUACAGUAUAUAUAUAUAUAUAUAUAUU